AGAGAAGAAGUCUUACGAGGUUGGAGUAGUAAGGGAGAGAAGGGUAUUAGGAGAUAAGAGGAGGAAUUAAUAUAUAUAUAUAGGAUGGCCCUUGGUGGGGUUUGGACUAGAGCGAAGCCAUACAUGGCCAUGGUCUUCUUGCAGUUUGGGUUUUCCGGGAUGUACGUGAUCUCGGUUGCGACGCUCAAGCGGGGCAUGAGCCAUUACGUGCUCGUGGUGUAUCGGAAUGCCAUCGCCGCGGCUGUCAUCUUACCGUUUGCGUUGUGGUUCGAGAGGAAAGUGAGGCCCAAGAUGACAGUGUCCAACUUCCUCAAGAUAAUGGCUUUGGGACUACUCGAGCCUGUGCUUGACCAAAACUUGUACUACAUGGGGGCCAAGAACACGAAUGCAAGCUUUUCGUCCGCCCUUUACAACGUACUUCCUGCUGUGACCUUCCUUAGUGCCAUUGUUCUCAGAAUGGAGAAAAUAAAUGUCAAGAAACGACGCAGCCAAGCGAAGAUCAUCGGGACUCUGGUGACGGUCGUCGGUGCAUUGCUCAUGAUACUUUACAAAGGACCAGUGGUAGAAUUCAUAUGGACAAAGGGACGUAGCCACCACAACAAUACUGCUGGAAGCCAAGACGACAGUCACUGGCUUGCAGGCGUGUUCAUGCUAUUGGGGAGCUGCUUCUCUUGGUCUGCUUUCUUUAUACUGCAAUCAAAUACAUUGAAGUCCUACCCGGCAGAGCUUUCCUUGACCGUCUGGAUAUGCUUCAUGGGUGCAGCGCAAAGUGGUGCAGUUGCUCUCGUGAUGGAGCGGAGUGUCAAGCCAUGGUUGAUAGGCUUCGACAUGAGACUCCUAACGGCCGCUUACUCCGGAGUAAUGUGCUCUGGGAUAGCAUACUAUGUUCAAGGGAAGGUGAUGAAAGAAAGGGGACCUGUCUUUGUGACUGCCUUCAACCCACUGUGCAUGAUAAUAGUGGCUGUACUGGGCUCCAUCAUUUUAGCAGAGGAGAUCACUUUAGGAAGGUUGAUUGGUGCAAUCAUCAUAGUUAUUGGUCUUUACUCUCUCAUAUGGGGUAAGAGCAAGGAUCACUUGACCCAACCCUCCGAGACCGGCGAGGAGAUGGGGGCACUCGAGCUACCGAUAGCUGCGACCGAUGCCAUCAGAUCUAAAUCUGCCGACCAUGCCACUGCAGUAGAGAUUCCAUCAGCAAGGAUUCCCUAAAGCAUUUAGAUCCACUUCCCUUAAUGCAACUAGUGGACUAUAUGCUGCCACUUUCUUAAUUAUGUGAUCUAGUCUUUUGAGUUUUGAGUUGUGCUCACACUUUAUGAAUGAUUUGAGAGGGAAUUGAAUCGGCGUGCAACUUGGCAUCAAAAUGUACAACCAUGGGCCAAUAAUGGCCAAAUAUGAUGUGCACAGCUAAAGCUGCUUCACGUUAAUGCAAUGCAACAAUACUGUAGACCAAUA